UUCGCACCUGUCGGCCGCGGUUCCGAAUUUUCGCGAGAGCCCAUCUCCGCUGUUGAAUCGCCGAAGCUCGCUGGGAUGACGAUCCGGCAGCAGCGGCUCGGAGUCCACCACAGCGUCGCGGAGAAAACUCGGAAAACGGCGAAAGCUCUCUACAGCUGCGCGGAACACAUUCGAAUCUGGCGGUGGCGCGGGGUGGCUCUGCGAGUGCGCACGCGUGGCCUUGCGCAGCAGCGACAGUACAGUUAGAGUGACUCGCGAGAGCAAGAGAGAGAGAGAGAGAGAGAGAGAGAGAGAAAGACUAAAGAGCGAGAGCAGCAGAGAGCCGAGGACAGACAGGUGCGCAAAGCAAAGUGUCUCUCGUCUCGUCCUCGCGGAGGGCCCCGGCGAGGCCUCGCACAGGACACAAGUGUCAGCAUUGUUCCUCUCGGCCGCAGUGGCACUUGGCGACGGACGGCUGACGGAGCACAGCUGUACGGCAUCCCGACUUUCCCCACGCUCGGCCGAAGAGUCCGGACUGUCCCCGCCGCCUCGCGCGCAGACAGGCGUCGCUCGCCACAGGAGUGAGCUCGUCCUGUGAUCCUCUCGUCGCGCUGUGAACGGCUGUGUACAAUACCUACGUCGUCGCAGAGGAGGAGUGUAGGCCAACGCCUUGAUACGUGCGCCGUAACUCAGUGCGCGGCGUUGGCUCGGCUCCGAGCCACCAGUUGAGAGAGGGAGAUAGCAGAGGAGAGGACGGACCAAUAUGUGCGCUUGACCUCGCGAGUGUGCUCUCUCGCUGUACGUACGUACACCGCGUGUGCGUACGCUCGUCGUGUCUUGCGAGUGCCCGUUACGGUUGUGCGUCGUAUAUAUCUAGGCGAAGCCCUCGCAGCGGAGCUUAUUGGUUAAUCGUUUCUUCUGCCAUCGGUUCGAGGAACAGGCGAGGGAGAGAGAGCUCGGGGUCGAAGAGCCCGAUAUCGAUCGCGCGCGCGCGCGCGCGCGAGGGAGCGAGAGAGAGAGAGAGAGAGAGAGAGAGAGAGAGACUAGAAGAGCAGCAGCAGCAGAAGUUCCGGAAAGCGUAUAUAGAGCAGGGCUGCAGGUGUGCUCUGGACGAGAUGCGGCUGACACGAUGAGCUGCGGCCCAGGUUCCCGGGGAGGUGGGCUGCGGCGAGGGCCGUCGGCCAGGCGGCCUCCGCCGGCUGCCGGAUGACUCGGAGCAGCCCGUCGCCGGGCCGUCAUCAUCAUCAUCAUCAGCAGCAGCAGCAGCAGCAGCAGCAGCAGCAACGACAGCUACUGCAGUAGUUGGCAUCAUCACGAGAGACUGCAGUACAAGUCGAGAGAGCAGGAUGGAGGAGAUGCCCGACCUCUCGCACCUCACCCCCGAGGAGAGGCGGCACAUCGAGAGCGUCAUGAUGCGCCAGAAGCAGGAGGAGGAGCACCAGAACGAGAUCAUGAGGCGCAAGCAGAACGAGGUGCAGGUGUUGGAGGACACGAUAACGCGGGCGCGGACCGAGCGGUUGAAGAGCGCCGAAGUCGACCUGGACAAAACUUGUCAGAUCUGCUUGAAGACCAAGUUCGCCGACGGGGUCGGCCACAUCUGCAACUACUGCAACGUGCGCUGCUGCGCGCGCUGCAGCGGAAAAGUUUCCCUGCGCUCGAACAAGGUGAUAUGGGUGUGCAUACUGUGUCGGAAGAAGCAGGAGCUGCUGUCGAAGUCGGGACAAUGGAUAAUGAAGUCGAACCUGGGCGGCGCGGACAGCGCGAUGCUGCGCCGUAUGCAGGAGGACAUGCAGGGCGUACUGCCGCCGGGCCUGCUGGUCGAUCAAACUCACGAUAAGCGGCCCAAGCUCGAGCGCGCCCACAGCGCCGCGGAGAAGGAGAACCUUCCGCUGUUGCAGCGCAGCAGCAGUCUCCUCAGGCGACAGUACUCGCAUCAGGACCAGAUACCACCGGGACGUCGGCUAUCAACCAGCGACAGCGGUGUCGAGAUGUCCGUGUCGCCGCACUCGAGGACCCUGCCGACUCCGCACGUCGCGCCUUAUCAAAGCCAGCAGACGCCAAGGCAUCCGGCCGCCUUUCCCGAGGACGACCCCAACCUCUAUCGGGGCGAGCUCGACGGCCUCAUGAGGCAGAACUCGUCCUACCAGAGGCAGCGGCAAAUCUAUCAGGAGCAGAAUUCGGACAUAGCGAUGGCUUAUGGGCAUCCGGUGAUCGAUCAGAGCGGUAUGGGGCGGCCUGCAAUGCAUCCCGGACCGAUGCCACCCCAGCAGGUGGUUCAGCAGCAAUAUCAGCAGCACCCGCACCAGCAGCCGCCGGUUCAGCAGCAGCAGCAGCUACAUCCGAGCCACGCCCAGGGUCCCGGCGGACACGGUCAGCGCAGUUUCAGCAGCAGCGAGGAGGAACGCAGCACCCCCGAGUGCGCCAGCGACGAGCACGACGAUCGGGAGCAUGGGAAGGUGUACUUCCACAACGGUCACGAUCCGGGCGAACCGAUGACGGCGAUCGAGUAUAACGGCGAGCGGCACUCGCCGCGUAAAGAAGAGAGCACCCUCGUCAGAAGGAGCUUUCGUCGCAACGGCGACGAGUGGCGAGCGGAUAGUAGGAGGUUCACGGAGCGAAGGGGGAAAAAGACGGUGCGUUUUCACGGUGGGACCAAUGCCGGUGGUGACUCCCAGGAAGAUUGGUCUUGGGAAGCCGAUCGGCAGGGUAGCCAAGACAGCGCGACCAAAGACUCCGGCAUUGACACUUCGAGCACCUUCACGAGCAGUGAAGAUAGCAACAGGGGCGACCUGCCCAAGUAUCCAUCGCCCUGGCAAGUGAGCAGCGAUGGCCAGAAAAUGAUCGGCCGUAUGGUCCUGGACAAGUCGUCGCAAGGCUCGGGUGUAAGCAGUAGUAGCAUACUUGGGCUGAAGGUCGUCGGUGGCCAACUUUUACGGGAUGGAACAAUAGGUGCCCUUAUAGAGAAGGUCAAAAAAGGUAGUCCCGCCGACCUCAACGGACAACUCAGGAACGGCGAUGAGGUACUGGAGUGGAAUGGAUGCAUACUCCAGGGCAAAAGCUUCCAAGAGGUCUCUGACAUAAUAGCGAUGUCGCGCUCGGAGCCCCAGGUCGAGCUCGUGGUCUCGCGCGACCUCAACGCUACGAGUGACGGCGGCUUGCCUGUCAAGCAGAUCACAACGCCGCAGCUGCCGAUGAUACCUCUGGGCCAUCCCGGACAAAUCGGACCGCAAACGGGCCCCGGAAGUCCCGGUGGAGGUGCCUUAACGCCGAGGCGUGUUGCCACACAGUCACAAUGGCGACAGAAGCAUGAAAUCACCCUUCCCCAGCAAUCUCAUCAUAAAGAUUAUAUGAUGUUUCGCAUUCCAGGUCUAAAGAAAUGUAUUCUAUGGGAACUGUACGAUGCGCGGGGUAACAAGCCAUCGGUGCUGGUGACGUCGCCAGGCUCGCCUGACCUCUACGCCACUGGCCGGGCCGCCAGCAGGCAGUUUCGGCAUCCGAUAACGGCCCAGCCGACUGCGGGCGGAAACAGCGUCGGCGGCAGGAUCCAGGUCAAGCUGAACUUCAACCCGGGCGUUUUGCAGCUCAUGGUGACGCUCGUCUGCGCGACAGGACUGACGCCGCGCAGCAACGGCCAGCCACGAAGUUCUUACGCCAAGGUUUACCUGCUUCCUGACAGAAGCGAGAAGUCGAAGAAGCGAACGAAGACACUGGCCAACACGAACGAGCCGCGAUGGGACCAAACCUUCGUCUACAACGGUAUCAGGUGGUCCGAGCUGAGGCAGCGCUCACUCGAGAUCACCGUCUGGGAUUACGGGAGAUACGGUGCCAACGACUUCCUCGGCGAGGUCAUACUCAGCCUUGCCGCCUCCUCGCUCAACGACGAGCUCGAGUGGCACUAUCUCAUGGCCCACGAGGAGCAUCGCCAAGCUGGCUACUAUCAAGACACGGUCGACGAUGUCGUGACGACGCCGGGCGACUGUCACCUGAGCCCACCGUCGACCACAUCGAGACUGAGCGACUCCGACACGUCCGAGUGCGACAUAACCGACUGCGACGGCUCGAGGGAGCACCGAAGAACGGCCGACGGCGCGAGCAUCAGUAGCAUCGGCAGCUCUUCCAGGUUUCAUAAUAUGCCGCCAAAUUAUAAGCGCCACUAUUCCAGCCCGCCGCCGGAGAAGGAGCUUUGCGUGGACGGUGAGCACCGCAGCCGCAGGGAUAUGUCGCCCCAGGGCAGGAAACGCGCCGCCCUUAUGGGCUCGCGCGAACAGCCCGCCUCCAUAUCCGGCUAUCAUCAAUACCGAAAGGUCAAUUUCCGACAGUUCUCCGACGAGCCGCACCGGACGACUAUGCUCGGCCACAGAUCCCACAGCGCAGCGCCAAUGGACUCACCUAGCCUGCACUACCGGGGCCGUUCGCAGAGUCCCACAGGUCAUCGGUCUCUCUCGCCACCGGACCACAGAUCCAUCCCCUACACAUCCGGAUACAUGUCGGCGAGUAAUUUUUACAGAAUCGGAUCGAGGUCUGCCACCGCGACGCCCACGGGCUCGCCGAAAAAGCGCCAACUGCCUCAAAUACCAGCCAACUUGCAUGCUGCCCUCAAAGAGCGCGUCGCUCAAGAUCUCGAGGAGAGAGCGAGAUUCAUCAGACAUCGAAACCGGCCAAUGCACACUUUUUACCGAAGUGGAAUGGGAGGUUGGGAGAGGCGAUACAGCGGACUGUCGGAUUCGGAUCUGCCGUCGAUGGGCCACGAGCCUCACAGUCUGUCGCACAGUCACGUGCACAGGAUGCCGAGGUCGCGACGUGGCCAUAUCAGUCCAGAAAAGGACGUUCUGGCCGAUCUCGGCGAUUCCGAUAUGGAGAGCAUCGCCUCGGUGACGAGCAGUGCCUUCAGCACGCAGUCUGAAAGGCCGCGUGGCUCUCGGGGACUGAUACCGACAGUUAAAAACGUUUUUAUACCCGGUGUCGUAUCCCCGAUGCCCCUACCCCCUAGGCGCGCUAGGCGCAAGCACCGUCUUAGGGUACCCUGCAGUGAAUGCCAUUGCCCGAGUAACAAUCCCUGUAAGCCUAGGAGCAAGUACCACCCGAACAGCAAGCACAACUACCAUCUUCCCUCGCACCACAAUCCCCUCGUACGGAGCAAGUCCGCAGUCGUGCGCUCGCUUUGCAAGAGGAUGCGCGCCCCCUUCACGCGCUCCCACACCGUCGACGAGAGCGUGCUGCGCUACUACAGCCCCGAGACCAGCGAGUACACCGUCAGCGAGGCUCUGCUCCUCAAGCCCGAGUACAACGCUCGCGGUGGCGGCGGCGGCGGCGGCAAGUCCAGCCGCAUACCCGAGAUCUACGUCGAGGACUGCCUCAGCGUGAACUUCAACAAGCGCCUCAUCGACAAGUUCCGCGCCAAGAACUGGCGCUACGCCGACAUCAAGCUCACCUCGUCCGGCUCCUCGGCCCCUUACGAGCCCACGCUCCCGCACCUCGUCAGCGCCACUGCCAUCGCCAGCCAGAGCUCCGCCGCGGCGGCUGGGCACUUUUCCACCCCCCAUCACCGGCGCUCGCGCAGCUGGCAGGACCGAAGCACGCGCAGCAGCAGCGCCCUCUGCGGGACCGGGAAGACUGCCAGCAGUGCGAGCAGCAGCAACGCAGCCCUCGCCAGAGCCGCGGCACUGGCGAGCGCGGCCGCUACCACGCGUAGGAGGAGCCUCUUUUGCAGCAGCUGGACCUCGGGACACACUCCUCGCCUACUCGACUACUCGAACACCUCCACCAAAAACACCACCCACCGAUCGAGCAUGCGUAGAUCCCUCCUUUCCUCCAAGGCGCGAAGCUUCGACUACGACGCCUACCACUGCUACCACCGCCAACGCGACGACCACGACGACUACGACCUCGCGACGACGACGACGCCGACGCUGACAAGACGCAGCAGCAGACACCCGACGGGACGCCAGGGCCCGCUGUCGUCGCGCCGCAGCCGCAGCUUCGAGUACGAGAGCGUCUCCGGCAACAUCUUCAGCGACGACAGCCUCCAGACGGCCCGGCAGAAGAUCAAGAAGAACAUGUCGCUCAGCGACGAGGGUUACGGCGACAAGAUCCUGGCCCUGGGCGACCGGAGCAAGUCCUACUACGACUCGAACGGCGACGGCAAGCUCAUCCGCGACCUCCGGAAGAAGAAGAGCCGCCAGAACGACCUGCGACUCGUCGCUGUGGACGACGACGAGCACGAGCCCGGACUCGCCAGCCGGCUCAUGUACGGCUACGACUCCGAGCUCAGCUGCGGAGAGACUGAGAUCUACCUGCCCAGCGAGUACGGGCCGGUGGACGCGAGCAAACGAAAGUACAACGAGUUCGUCGAGAGCAAGCCCGCGGCCGGCGGCGGCCUCGUCAACGACGGCUUCGAGCACAACGACGAGCACAUCUACUGCAGCAUCGACGAGGUCAAUCCGGCCUACAGGAGCGAGCUCGAGGAGCUGUCCAGGUGGCGCAGCGGCGGCCGCAGGCGCACCAGGAGCACCGAUUCCUACCUUAAUGCCGACUACGCGCUCUACGACAACUGGACGAACCUCCUGGACGAGGGCUACGUCGACGGACCCGGCACCGCCGAUCAGCGAUACUUCGCCCCAGAAGAAUACAAUCGACAAUCCGUUAGAUACUGUAGCGACGAGUAUGACGCGAAUUUAGAGGACUCGUCGAGACCAAGAAUAACCGGAGCCAGGGCCCAGGCGGCCGGUCGCGAGGCGACGAUCGCGACCGAGGCGCCGGCCUACUACGAAAACGUGCCUUACUCAAUCGAUACACUGGACAGUCUGCCUGUACCGAGCUUGCACCAGAGCAAGCGUGUGAUAAUGGCUCGCGCCGAGUCGACGCCGAUCCUCCGCUCGGACGUGGAUCCCGGAUUGGCCUAUUCGGAUUACUCGAGGCGGAGACGACGAAGGAACAGCAGCUGCCCCGAGAGCCGGGAAAUCGACCGGUCCGCUGCCGAGAGGAGAAGACAGUACGACGAGGACAGAACCCGAGCCGUACUACAGAGCGACGAGGAGUUCGGCUCCGCGGAGACGGUGAUAGACCGGAGGUACUACCACUACGAGCCGACGAGACAACGAAGCGCGCACAACAGGCUGGACGGCCUCGAGGAGGGCACGAGGCACAGGAGCCGCCGGAAAGACAGCUGUCCCGACUGCCGCGAGGAGAUGCUCGAGAUGGAGAGGGCCAGGGAGCAGCAGCAGCAGCAGCAGCAUCAAAGGACGGAGCACAGGCCGCGCCGCAGACGCAAUAGCAGCUGUCCCGAGCCUCGCGAAUUCGAGCUAGACGCCAAGGAGAGACGACCUGCCCAGCAGCAGCAACAGCAGCAGCAGCCCAAGAGGAACGUGGCCAUUAGCGAUACCCUCGAGUACUACGAGUACUCGAUGGAGAGCGAGAGCCAGUGCAGCGAAAACUGCGGAUUUGGCCCGUGCGAUCCACGUAGGCCCCAUGAGCGAGCACCCCGCCCCGGUAACGCUAAUUCAAAUCUCUUUGAUUCCCAUACCGCUACCUCCGACACUGCUAAAUACCCGCGGACCACCACCACCACCACCACCCAUGACGACCAUCAUCAUAAUUAUCACCACCACCACGACCAAUAUCGCGACUAUCCACCACCACCACCACCACCUGCGCAACCGUCAAUGGCCCACUACCACCACGAACUGCGCCCCACCGCUGCGAUAACGAACGACGUCGACUACGAUAACGUGGUCGUCGUCGGCUCCGGCGAUGAUUGCGAUGAUUGCCGCCGCUUGUCGCGUCGUCGUCUUCACGACGAAUUAUCCCAACGUCCGACGCGUGGACGCGUGGACGACGACGGCUACGGCAACGACGACCGAUGCAAUAAUCGACGCUCGUCCUCUAUGCCCGAAUGCAGUGAUUACGCGAGCCAGAGCAGCUCAUACGAGAAGCCCAGCAGGUAUCAGCACGACGAUCAUAAUAGCGAUCGGCGCAACGGCAGCAUCAAGAGGGGCCAGUUCACCAGGAGCUUCAGCAAUGCUGACGCGCCCACGGACGAGAAAGUUGACGGCAGUCUGAGCGAUACGGCGGUGGGUUUGCACGUGGAGGAAAGCGCACGCCGGGGUCGCAAAAGCUCGCCAAGCAGCAAAAGCGGCAGCGGCAGCAGCAACGGCGGUGCCAGUGCCGUCCAGUACCAGCCAGGAUUGGGCAAGAAGAGCAACAGUACGAGCCAGCUCUCGGCGACAGAAUGCAGUGGCAACGUCUUGGGCGGCUCGGGCUUCAUGGGCCUGGGCUCGAGCUCGGGCACGACGCGCAAACGCAACAGCACACCCAGCAGCAUCCAACGUUCUCAGGAGGUCAUGCCCAGCUAUCACCACCAGCAGCAUCACCUACAGCAGCAGCCAUCCCCACACCACCACCACCACCAGCGUCUGGUGGCGCCAAGUCCCAGCCGGGGGCAGGCUUCGGGAGGCACCGGUUCCUGCGCCAGCGACACCGCCGGCAGCCUCAACUCUAUAUCGAGCUCCGAGGGAAGCUCUUGGUCACCGAGUUUGCGAAUGGCGGGUGAAAGCGACCAGCUGAACGAGUUUAUCGAGGGCCUCGGACCUGGACAGUUGGUGGGUAGACAGGUUCUUGGAGCACCUUCGCUUGGCGACAUUCAGCUGUCACUGAGCAACACGAAGGGCUACCUAGAGGUAGAGGUUGUCAGAGCGAGGGACCUCCAGCCCCGGCCAGGUAGCAAAGUUUUACCAGCCCCAUACGUCAAAGUGUACCUUGUAAAUGGUAAAAAAUGCAUAGCGAAAGCUAAGACGAUGACGGCAAGGAAAACACUAGAACCAUUUUACCAGCAACCCCUAUCCUUUAGAGAAAAUUUCCAAGGAUGUAUAUUGCAGGUGACGGUAUGGGGCGACUACGGGCGUUUGGAGGGGAAAAAAGUGUUCAUGGGCGUAGCCCAGAUCAUGCUGGACAAUCUGAAUCUCAGUGAAAUGGUGUUCGGCUGGUACAAGCUUUUCGGCACCACGUCCCUGGUCAGUGGACCACCUUCUCUUGGCUUGUCUCGUCGAUCAUCCGCGGCCUCCCUCGAAUCUCUAAAAUUCUGAAACGAUUUUUCGCGCGUCUCGAUAAUAUCUGCGAGUCGCGCGAGUUUGUUUUAAAGAAAGCUUAAUUUCAGCUCUGAAAUUGAGCGUAUCGAGAGACAAACGCAUAUUAUGCGCACACAACCACUCUAGCGAACGUUUCGAGAAUUUCGACGGGAGGUGCGCAAUAUGUCGUAUUGAUAAGAGAUUUUAUUAAGUUUUAACAAAAGAGCUAUGCGAGAACGUACAUUAAGCACGAGAGAGAGAGAGAGAGAUGCUGUUAUUUCUAAAAGAAAAAAAAAUAACGUUAAAUUCCAAAUAAUAUGACAAACAAAAAAUGAAAUAACACCACUAGCACAUCACAUGUAUCAUGUACGCCAUAAAGAAAUGAACAGCUACUAGUCUGUGUCUUGACUAUAGCGGUAGACGUAGAGCGGCGAUCAUGUUCCUGCAGAGCGCCAGAUAGUUUUAUUAGUGAAACGAAGGCAAGCGCCAAACGGACGAGUGGUGGCAACAGCAUCACCUCUACUACUCCUACUUCGUCUUCGUGAACUUUUUUGUGAUGUGCUAAGAAAAAGACGAUCAUUUUCCUUUGAAAAAAAAAUAAUAAGUUGUGGCUCAAAACUGUUUUUGUUUAAUUCGGUAAUGCUCUUAAGAGCUUUUCUGACGGAGAAAACAUGAAGUUAAUUACAAUUAUAAACUCUGUCGACGAAGAUAAUGAAGGAUCUUUAAACGAACUACUUCUCUACCCUGUGCAAGAAAAAUAAAAUAAUUAUAGUCUGUACGAAGAUAGUUAAAAAAUGUGAAGAAGGAUAAUCUAGUGAAAAAAAAUCAUAGGCAUGUAAGAAAACAAACGAAAAAAAGUAUAAUAAGGGGAAAUUAUUUCGUAAUGAAAAAAAAAUUGCUACAAAAUGUUGUAUAGAUGUAUACACACAGACAAAUCGAGACGCUACAAUAUUUGUAUAUAUAAGUGGAUUUAAAGGAAAAAGAAAAAAUUAAUCGACGCCGUGCAAGGGCUUUCAACAGUCAGUGGAGAAAAAUAAAAACAAAAAUGGAACACACGAAAAGCUGGUUUUAGUUGAGUGAAUAUGAGAGCGAGAGAAAUAAAAGAAUUAAAAAUAAGAAAUAAGAAAAUAAAGUUAAGAUAUAUUUGUAUUGUUUAAGUUGCGGCCGAGCCGCGCGUACGUCGAACAUUGUCUGUUUCUUCGGGUAUACAUGCAUUAUACAUAAAGAAAAUAAUAUACGGAUAAUCUCAAUUGUAAAUACAUUUUGCAAGUUUGAUGGAUGUGUGAUUGAUUGCUUAAGCUGCCAGAUGUCGAUUCAAUUAUUGUCCCACAAAUUCGACAUGUGCCAUAACUCAGGUUUGGUUUAGCAUUGUAUGCGAAGUUUUUUUUUAUCUGUGCCUGACAUAAUUUAAAAGCUAUAUAUAACUAUAAUCAAGCCUGUGAUUAUUUCUUUAUUGUUUAUAAGGGAUUAUUAAAUUCUUAAAAUUCAAUAUUUUAUUAAUGCAAUCAGGAAGUCAAACACGAAUCUUUAUCUUGAAUUUUGCGAUUUAAAUUUAAUGUUACUACGUCCAAAAUUUUGCGAUGUUUGUACGAAUUAAUUAUUUAUACGUCAAACGAGAAUAAUUCUAAAAUAAACUUUAACCGAUAUUUGUUCUGAUUCGAAUUUGUGGUAUGAUUUUGCGAGAUAACGAGACGGAGAUACGAUAUGCGCAAUGUGCGUUGCAUAUUUAUAUAAUCUAUAUAAAGGGGGAGCUACUUUUGUUUUUUUACUUCCUUCACGCGAAGGAGAUGAGAAAAUUAUAGCGUGCAACAGAGAUAUGAAAAAUAAUUAUUACAAGAGAUUUUACGAUAAAACAAUAUAUGCCUUCCGCUAAUGUAGUUUCGUGUAAAUUUACAGUCAUGAUGGUGUCGCGGAAAACUCAAAUUACCAAGAAGAAAACUAAAAUUUCGUGUACAUGUAUGAGAAAAUGUUGUUGGUAUGUUAUACUUAUACGUUACUAUACCUUCAUACUAUACAUCACAAUACCUUGAUUUUAUACUGUGCGCGAUGAUAGAGUAUUUUGUAUAUUACCAUUCAUUUUCGUCGUCUACGUAAACAAAGGACAACGUCUUAUGCUCUCAGUGAAAGCUGCAAUUUAUAAAUAACGAGAAGCAUGGAAGAGAAAAUAGAUUGAAUUAUCAACACUGAAUCAUCAAACCGUACAAUAAGUAGGCAUAUCAGCAAUCACUGAGAUGCGCACACGCGGGGUGGGUUCAAUGACAUCUUUAUGAUUAUAAUUAUUAUUAUUGCUGCUAUUAUAUUAUUAUUUGGGUAAUUGGAGUAUUUGAUUUAUUAUAUUUUUAUUUAAAUUUUCAUCGACUGGCAUAAACAAUACUUGACAAAUUUUUAUUGUUUAUUGUGGUUUAUUGGAAAUAUCAUUUUUCCCACAUCCAGAUAAGCGCGCCUGUGUUUCAUUUCUCGAAAUGUAUGCCACACAUAUCCAGAAAAAACGUUGAAGCAGAUGUAAGAAGUUGGAAUGGUCGAAUGAAUAUAAGUAAUUGCUUCUCGCAAAGUUAAGAUGUUAUAAUGCAACGUCUAAUGAAUAUUAUUAUAUUGGACAGUUGCGCGCAAACGAUUUGCGCUCUGAGACGUGAAAAAUAUGGUAUACAAAUCUGUAUGCAGCGAGAUAUGUGCUCCAAUCUUUUUAGUUCUCAAUGAACACAAUUUUUCGUAAGCGCUUGCACGCAGAUGUUCGAUUGCACGUAUACAUGAUAUUUUUCCUAACAUUUUUCUAACUAAGCACACACACACACACACACACACACACAUAUAUAUAUAUAUAUAUAUAUAUAUAUAUACAUAUACAACUUAUAUAAAUUCAAGAUCAACGUUGGCUUACGUUAACGAAAAUUGCCAAUUACUCAAACGUUAAGAGAACAAACGAAUUUCUGCCACAGUUCCUUGAACAGUGCGAAAAACUUAAAGUCUUUUGCAUUUCGGCGUUCUAAAAAUCAACGAAAUUGCAACCGAUUUUCGAUUACAGAUUUUUCCUUUUGAUUGGGUCGUUACACAUGCUGUAUACUAUCCUAAAUUAUAUUUGUGAUCGAAUGUUUAUCAAUUGUUUACGAAACAAACUAAUACUUCAGAAUUUUUCUAAAUUAUAGUACAUAAAUCUGUCAACAACUAAACUUUUUACGAAUAUAUUAAAAAAAUACAAUUUAACCACCCAAUUCAUCAAUUUUAUUCGUCAAAGAUAAAAAAUAUAAGAACACAAUUAAGAUGAUGAUGCUAAAACAUAUAAAGCCAUACGCUUUACGCCAUACUUUCAAUCGAUUUCAAACGUGAGAAAAAGAUUAUGUAAGAAAAUACAUAAACAAAACACGUAGAUAUCAAACAUACAUACACAUACAAUCUUUUUACAAUUGCCAAUUUCAAUAAAUUUUUUUGAAAAAAAUUAAUAAGAUAAAAAUUUGGCGCGCUCGAUUAGAACGUGCUUUAUACCUAUAUAUAGUUGACCAUAUCUCUUAACUCGCUACCUAGAAUUGAUUAAAAAGACGAGGACAAGGGGCUUUUUUACUCAAGAGAAAUGAAGACGUAGGUUAUAUACUAUGAUCGUAAUUAUUAUAACUGAAAAUAAAUAAAGUAAACAUGGAAGGUGAUGGCGCAACUUGCGCUAUGAAAAAAUGAUAAUAUACUAUAAGCUGAAACAUGUAAUUAAUACUGCGAGAUUUUUAAAUGUACGAUUGAAAGGCGAAGGAUUUUCGUUGAUUCUGAUCAAAUAUUUUCUUCUUUCGCAGCAAAGUUUUUUCUUGCCAUUUUGUUAUUAAAUUAUACGAAUACGUAUUGAAUUAUGAGUAAUCAUGAAUAAUUUGUUUGUGAGAUAUUGAAAAGCAUAAACCAGUUGUCAAAGUGACUGAUAAAGUCAGUUUGCGUGAGAAGCAGAAAAGAGAGUAUAAAUGUAUAAAAUAACGACGGAAUAAACAUUGUAUAGACCCUAUAACCAGCAAAUGGUCAAAUAUAUGGAAGACCAGACUAAUGUGUAAUCGAAAAAAAAUGAAUAUAAAUACACGUUCAGUUUGUAAAAAUCCGCCAAUCAAUCAAGCACCGACUGUAGAUGAGUGUAAAAAUAAACUUGAUUUACUUUUAACUAUGUAAGAUUGCGUCGUCGAGGUGGAAAAAAACAUACACACUAUAAUGAAAACAUAAACGCGCGCGCUUUGACUCGACGAGAAAUAUAUCGAAUUUCCACGCUCUUAUGCGACAGUAUUGUAAUAAUUCACGUAAGCUUCUUCUACGUAUCAAGAGCACAAUACACGGUGUAAAAAAAACCCGUCGAUUCUUCCAGGGUGAAAAUCACUGAAUAAAAACUCGGACAUAUUAUGGAGACUUUACGAUUUAAGAUAAUGUUUAUUAAUGCGCUAAACUCCUUGAAAAGCUUGAGACAGAGCUGAGGGAUCGCGAGGUGUUUAUGAGUUGGUUCACAGAUUUCAUAUCUUAUAAAAGUAGUUAAAACAUUUUGGUAAUUUCGCAAUAAAAAUAAAGGGCUCGAUAACAAAAGCUUAUCGCGAGGCAGACCAUGAAAUUUAUUUUUACGAUGUUAAACAAAUAUAUUUUUAGUUCUCGAAAAUACAAAAUAUUUUUACUCUCAUCACAUUUUUCUUUUCGUGCAAUUUAGGUACACCAAGAACUUUAGUUUUGUUCGCAUCGCGCGCGAUCACAUAGAAGUAUGUGUACGUAAUAAGUAUUAUAAAAUUAAUAGCAGUUAAAAAUUACGAACACCCGGCAGAGGAAAUAAAAACUCACAUAUUAAGAAGAUGGAAAAAAUCACUCUUAAGGGCCCUCGAGCAUAUCGCUAUAGUCAACUUCUAUAUAAUAUAUAUAGUAAUCGGAGAAAAACUACGGUCCCGUUGCUCCAUUAAAUCUCGGCGAGAAAAUGAUAUUUCGACCUCAAAAAAUUACCAAUGAUAGAUUAUGAUGUGUAUAUACCGCGGAUAUGAGCUCUUGCUGCAAUUCUUUAACAAUAAUCCAGGAAAAAUCGUUAGAAUUGGCUUCUUCAUAUAGGAAUAGGACUUUCGGGUUAACUGUCGACAACAACAAAAAUGCAUUUUAUAUCAUGAGAGAGCUUACACGGUUCUUGUCUGAAUAGUAUUAUUGUUAAAGAAUCGCCGAGAUUUAAUGGAGCAACGAGACCAUAAUUUUUCUCCGUUUACUAUGUAUAUAUAAUAUAUAUAUAUAUAUAUAUAUAUAUAUACACACACACACACAUACACACACACAUAUAUAUAUAUUAGUAUAACUAUAUCGAGUGUGGAGAGGGGUCUUAAAGCAACUAAGCAAGACGAAACGCACUUCGAAGUUCCAGACAUCUGUCCCCGGCGACGCUUCGCUCACGAUAAAUUAUAUUGUUUGAGAAAGCUGUAAACCGGUAAAAUGAGAGAUGCUCAUACGAGACAAACAUACACACAAACGUAUAACUAUAGCAGAACUUUCAAAAUUUUCAAAUGGGGGAACAAAUUUCUCGCCCUUUACGGUGACGAUAAUAUUUAGUGUACAUAUAAGGCAUGCCUCGAUAUUAGGUGACGAAUAAAUAAAUGAAACAAAUGAAGAAACUAUGUUAGGUAUAAAAAAUGAUAAAAUAAAAUAUCGACGAACAGACACUUGCUGCAUAUAUUAUAUAAAUAUAAAACGACACGCGUCAAAAGAUCACACGUAAAUAAUAUAUAAAUAUAUGUUAAUAACGAAUGAAAAAAUUAAUAUCUGACUUUGUACCUAUAUACUAAUUAACUUUUAACAAAAUAAAUAAAAAAAAAUCAGGAACGAGAUGAUUUUAGAACGAUUUUGAAUAAAUAUUCAAACGCAAAGUAGGAGAAAUGAGCCGUGUAAACGAAAAGGAAUGAAUCUUGAUUUUGCGAGUAUUCAUACAAUUUGCAAUUGGUAAAGUAUUUUGUGAAAAUUCAUUUUAAAAAGUUCUAUUCCAUUGGAUUCCAUUGACUCUUUACUAUGAAAAUUGUCCAAGUAUUUACGUUACUUUAUAUACUAACUUGUAGAAUAACUGUUUUUUAUACGGACAAUCAUUCGAAUUCGUUUUCGUUUACUGCUGAGAAUAGACGUCGAGAGAUUUCGUGCAGUUUAGAAGGUUACACACGGUUAUGAUGAAGUACGAAAAGCGAGAUUUGCGAGCGACAGAGGAAGAUCGAGCGUACGUCAGAUAGGGGUAAUACUUUUGUCGAAAGAAAAACGCUGCAACCAUUAUAAGAUUAUCCGAUGAAAGAUGCCCCCCAAAGCCAGAUAUGGCGUGUGACAAUAAAGUGAUUCAGAUACCAUA